GGUACUCCGGUACAGCCUGAGCCAUUGCCAGUCAACAUGACUUGAGUCCAUGGAUACGACGGGGAGGAUCUAAAGGGAAGCUAUUGAUAAACUAUUUAUAGUUUAUGUAUUUGCACUUAUAACCUACUGGGGCUGGCUACCCAUAUCCAGUCGUCAUUCGUUGGCGUUUUUCAUUAUUGAGUAAUUUAAGGGGGAUCAAGCAAAACUGAGUUGUUACGCAACUCAUCCACGUGAAGACACCUGCGGUUCGUGACCAGGAAAGGGGUCGGAAGUGGCUAACAUAUUUAACUCAACUCUGGACGACGACACUCGGGAAUAUGACGACGAAAUAAACUUCUAAUUAGAUGAAAAAACUUUAUGGGAUUAUCAACAAUCAUGAGAUAUUGUCAUUUAUAAAACGCAGCAGUUACUUUUCAGUUUUCGUUGAUAGUGUUGGACCAUGUCCGUAAACGAGUUAUAUUCAAAGUACACUCGGGUGUGGAUCCCAGACCCAGAGGAUGUAUGGAGAGCUGCAGAGAUCAUCAAGGACUACAAGGAGGGAGAGCCAAUCCUGCACCUCAAACUUGAAGAUGAAUCGCCGUUGGAAUACCGCAUCGGACCCAAAGACAACCCUCUUCCCUUCCUCCGGAACCCUGAUAUCCUGGUGGGGGAGAAUGACCUCACAGCGCUCAGCUACCUGCACGAGCCUGCUGUCCUGCACAACCUCAAAGUGCGCUUCCUCGAGCCCAACCACAUCUACACAUACUGUGGUAUCGUACUGGUGGCCAUCAACCCCUACGACCAGCUUCAAAUCUAUGGAGAGGAGGUCAUCAAUGCCUACAGUGGGCAGAACAUGGGAGACAUGGACCCACACAUCUUUGCUGUUGCUGAGGAGGCAUACAAGCAGAUGGCCAGAGAUGAGAGGAACCAAUCCAUCAUAGUAAGUGGGGAGUCGGGGGCAGGGAAGACCGUCUCUGCUAAGUACGCCAUGCGGUUCUUCGCCACUGUGGGAGGGUCGGCCAACGACACCAACGUUGAGGAGAAGGUGCUGGCCUCCAGCCCCAUCAUGGAGGCUAUUGGAAAUGCGAAAACCACGCGCAAUGACAACAGCAGUCGUUUUGGGAAGUACAUCCAGAUUGGUUUUGACAGGCGUUAUCACAUAAUAGGUGCCAACAUGCGCACGUAUCUGCUGGAGAAGUCAAGGGUGGUGUUCCAGGCUGAGGAUGAGCGGAAUUACCACAUCUUCUACCAGUUGUGUGCCUCUGCUAGCUUCCCGGAGUUCAAAGACCUAGCCUUGACCAGUGCGGAAGACUUCAUCUUCACAUCGCAAGGAGAGAACAUCUUCAUUGAGGGGGUGAAUGAUGCCGAGGACUUCAAGAAGACGAAGGAAGCCUUUACACUACUGGGUGUUAAGGAGAGCAAUCAAAGCAGCAUCUUCAGAAUCAUAGCUUCCAUCCUGCAUCUGGGGAACGUGGAGAUCUGCUCAGAGAGAGACGGAGACUCCUGCCACAUAUCAAGGAACGACCCUCACUUGACGCACUUUUGCCGGUUGCUGGGGGUGGAGCUGGAGCAGAUGGAACACUGGCUAUGUCACAGGAAGCUGGUCACCACGUCAGAGACCUACGUCAAGAACAUGUCCCGCAAACAGGCGGCUAAUGCCCGCGACGCGCUCGCCAAACACAUCUACGCACACAUGUUUGACUGGAUUGUGGAGCACGUCAACAAGUCUCUGCACACCUCCUCCAAACAACACUCCUUCAUCGGUGUUCUGGAUAUCUAUGGAUUUGAGACCUUUGAGAUAAACAGCUUCGAGCAGUUCUGCAUCAACUACGCCAAUGAGAAACUGCAGCAGCAGUUCAAUCAACAUGUGUUCAAGCUGGAGCAGGAGGAGUACAUGAAGGAGCAGAUCCCCUGGACGCUCAUCGACUUCUAUGACAACCAGCCGUGUAUCGACCUCAUCGAGGCCAAGUUGGGUAUCCUGGACCUACUGGAUGAGGAGUGCAAGGUGCCCAAAGGGACAGAUCAGAACUGGUGCCAGAAGCUGUACGAUCGCCUUUCAAGCAGCGUCCAUUUCCAGAAACCACGGAUGUCCAACAUAUCUUUCAUUAUCAUUCACUUUGCUGAUAAGGUUGAGUACCAGUGUGACGGCUUCCUGGAGAAGAACAGAGACACCGUCUACGAGGAACACAUCAACAUUCUGAAGGCCAGCAAGUUUCAGCUCGUGGCGGAUCUGUUCCAAGACACUAAUAAAGACGGAAGCAGCUCCACGUCUUCCAGCAAGUCCUCCAGGAUCAACGUGCGCUCGGCCAAACCAACACCUAAAGUCCCCAACAAGGAGCACAGGAAAACCGUGGGCCACCAGUUCCGCAGCUCCCUGCAGCUUCUCAUGGAGACCCUGAAUGCCACCACCCCCCACUAUGUGCGUUGCAUCAAGCCUAAUGAUGAGAAGGAGGCAUUCUCGUUUGACUCUAGGAGAGCUGUGCAGCAACUGAGGGCAUGUGGGGUCCUAGAGACCAUCCGCAUCAGUGCUGCUGGCUACCCAUCAAGGUGGACGUACCCAGACUUCUUCAACAGAUACAGAGUCCUCAUGAAGAAGUCAGAUAUGACCGUAGGAGACAAGAAACUGGUGUGUAGGAACCUACUAGAGACCCUGGUCAAGGACCCAGACAAGUUCCAGUUUGGUAAGACCAAGAUCUUCUUCCGGGCGGGCCAAGUGGCCUACCUGGAGAAGCUGAGGGCAGACAAGUUCCGCUCCGCCUGCAUCAAGAUCCAGAAGACAGUGCGACGCUGGCUACAGAUGGCCCGCUACAAGAAGAUACGCAAGUCUGCCAUCACCUUGCAGAGAUUUGGCCGCGGUUACAUGGCCCGCAGGUAUGCGGAGCAGCUGCGUCUAACCCGCGCUGCUGUUAUCUGUCAGAAGCAGUAUCGUAUGGUCCGAGAGCGGAGGGGCUAUCUGAGGGUGAGACAGGCUGUUGUCACCAUCCAGGCCUUUACCAGGGGCAUGUUCACCCGCAGGAUCUUCCAGGAGUUCCUUCUGCAUCACAAAGCCAUGAUCAUCCAGAAGCAUGUCCGAGGCUGGCUUACUAGGAGGAAGUUCAAGGUGGCACGGAACGCCGCCAUCACCAUCCAGUGUGCCUACCGCCGCAUGCGAGCCAAGCGUGAGCUGAAACAGCUGAAGAUUGAGGCGAGGUCCGCUCAACAUCUGAAGAAGCUCAACACGGGCAUGGAGAACAAGAUCGUCCAGCUGCAGAGGAAGAUGGAUGACCAGACCAAAGAUCUGAAGACUCAGAAUGAGCAGCUGGUGGUGGCCAAAGCCUCCCUGGGCUCAGAGGUGAACAAGCUGCAGAAGGAGCUGGAGACCAUGCGCAGUCGCCAGGGAGACGGCGGUCAGCUGACCUCUCUGAAGGAUGAGCUGGAGAAGCUGAGGGCGGAGCUCCAGGAAGCACACGCCCACAGGAAGAAGCUGGAGGAGGAGCACAGCAACGAGAAGAUGAGAUUUGAACAGAGAGUGGAGGAGCUGGAGAGGGAGAAUUCCCUGCUGAAGAGUGAAAAGGAGAAGAUGAACCAAAGGAUUCUGCACCACUCCAAGAGCACAGAAGACCAGGAGAGCAGUGCAUCCCAGAGUGUGGGUCGGGUCCAGGCAGAGCUGGAUGAGGAGAGGCAGCGCUACCAGAACCUGCUCAGGGAGUUCUCCAGACUGGAGCAGAGAUAUGACAACCUACAGGAGGCCAAGUUUCAGCCUGGCCACAGGAGGAACAAUUCUAACCAGAGCAGCCUGGAGUCUGACUCCAAUUAUCCCUCCAUUUCUACCUCGGAGGUGGGAGACACUGACGAUGCCAUCCAACUCGUAGAGGAGAUGGGAGUGGAGAAGGCAGCAAUGGACAUCGGUGUGUUCAUGAAGCUGCAGAAGCGUGUUAGGGAGCUGGAACAGGAGAGGAAGAGACUGCAAGUCAACCUGGAAAAGAUGGAGGACCAGUCUAAGCGCAAGGGCACUGAGCCAAAGAUGACAUCAGAGCAAGAGAAUGCGGAUCUGGCCUACAACAGUCUCAAGAGACAGGAGCUGGAGUCUGAGAACAAGAAGCUGAAGAAUGACCUGAACGAGCUGAGGAAGGCCAUCGCUGACCGCGCUUCCAAGAACAGCUCCUCCAAUGAGCUUCAGGACGGCUACAACCUGCUGCUGGGCCAGCUCAAGGCAGCCAAUGAGGAGCUGGAUGUGCGUAAGGAUGAGGUCCUUAUCCUCAGGAGUCAGAUUGUCACUGCAGCCCAGCAGAAAGAGAAGGAGACAACCAAUCACAUUGAAACCAAUAACUUGCCUGAAUGGACCAACAGCAAGAAGCCCAUAGACAAGGAGGAGGCUCUGAGGUCCUAUCAUGGACUCUGUGAGUCUAAGAACAAAGCUUCAGACUGGGGUUAUUUGAAUGAAGAUGGCGAGCUGGGCCUGGCAUACCAGGGUCUAAAGCAAGUGGCCAGGCUGUUGGAGGCCCAGCUCCAGUCUCAGGCCAGGAAGCACGAGGAUGAGCUGGCGGCGUUCCACACCCAGGUUGAGCUGCUGAAGGACGACAUAGAGAAGAAGCAGGAGAUGCUGAACCACACCAUGUCUCUGUCCCCUGAGGCCCAGGUGGAGUACAGCGUCCAGCAGGAGAUCACCCGCCUCACCAACGACAACCUGGACUUAAAAGAGCUUGUGGAGAAACUGGAGAAGAAUGAGAGGAAGCUGAAGAAGCAGCUGAGGAUCUACAUGAAGAAAGUACAGGAGCUGGAAGUGUCCGUGACUGCAGCAGCAUCCCAGUCCACCACGGCCAAACCAGAGAUGACCCGUCAGGUGACUGUCCAGCGCAGAGAGAAGGACUUUGAGGGCAUGCUGGAGUACUACAAAGAGGACGAGGCCCUGCUUGUCAAAACGCUCAUCACAGACAUGAAGCCCCACGCUGUAUCAGCAACAGUGCCCUGCCUACCUGCCUACAUCCUCUUCAUGUGCAUCCGCCAUGCGGACUACAUCAACGAUGACCAGAAGGUCCACUCUCUGCUCACCUCCACCAUCAACGCCAUUAAGAAGGUCCUCAAGAAAAACAAUGAUGACUUUGAGAUGACCUCCUUCUGGCUGGCCAACACGAGUCGUCUGCUGCACUGUCUCAAGCAGUACAGUGGAGAUGAGGCGUUUAUGACUCAGAACACGGCCAAGCAGAAUGAGCACUGUCUGAAGAACUUUGACCUGGCAGAGUACCGCCAGGUGCUGAGUGACCUCUCCAUCCAGAUCUACCAGCAGCUCGUCAAGGUGGCAGAGCACGUCAUGCAGCCCAUGAUCGUGUCGGCCAUGUUGGAGAGUGAGUCUAUCCCCAGCCUUGCAGGAGUGAAGCCCAUGGGUUACAGGAACCGCUCCUCCAGCAUGGACAAGGACGAGGAGGGCCCAGGGAGCUACACCCUGGAGGCCCUGAUCAGACAGCUGGGCCAGUUCCACGUGGUGAUGGGCGAGCACGGCCUGGACCCAGAGAUAGCAGGUCAGGUGGUCCGGCAGCUGUUCUACAGCAUCAACGCUGUCACCCUCAACAACCUGCUGCUCAGGAAAGACGUCUGCUCCUGGAGCACUGGCAUGCAGCUCCGGUACAACAUCAGUCAGAUGGAGGAGUGGCUUCGGGGGAAGAACCUCCACCAGAGUGGGGCGGUGGUUAACAUGGAGCCCGUCAUCCAGGCCGCCCAGCUGCUUCAGGUCAAGAAGAAGACGUCCCAGGACGCCGAGGCCAUCUGCUCACUGUGCACCGCUCUCACCAUGCAACAGAUUGUGAAAAUCCUCAACCUCUACACCCCGCUCAACGAGUUUGAGGAAAGAGUCACUGUGUCCUUCAUCAGAAACAUCCAGAAUCGUCUGCAGGAGAGGAACGAUGUCCCAAUGCUCCUGGUGGACACCAAGCACACCUUCCCUGUCCUGUUCCCCUAUACCCCCUCAGCCCUCAGCCUGGAGACCCUGCACAUCCCUGCCAACCUCAGCCUACACUUCCUCACUCGAGUCUGAGGCUUCAGUGGGGCCUACCACAGGUUCUUAGCAAGAAGGAGAGCCCAACGGAGCUCCCUCUAACCUGGGUAGCUUUCAGUUGUGUUGCUAAACAGCAGAGGGCGCCAAGUCUACAGGACUCAAUGGAAGGCAAAGAACCUUCCAGCUGACCAACAUUGGAUGCUGUCGAGCCUCUGUGUGUAAAUCCAGCCGAAUGUGUCAAGUCAUUCUUUAUAGCUGUCCACAACUGCUUCCUCUAUUUGGCAUCUUCUACAGUGGGCUAUUGAGAUGCCGUGCUUCCUCAGUUCUGUCCCAGACAGUCACAUUUCUUUUCAUUCACUGUAAGGAGUCUCUAUGGUAAGCUGACUGUAAAUUUAUUCCUCUUAAAGAUGAAUUGAAAUUUGUGCUAAGGUAUUGAUUCCCAGUUAGCCACUCCGCUGGUGUCCAGUUUUAUUUAUUGUACAGUAGGCAGUGGUCUACCGUGUCAGUCUGUCUGGAUUUCUCAUGAUGAGUUAAUUGUAGCCUCACUCCUCUCUACACCCUGUCAAUGGACAGCAGAUCAGACUCGGGAGCAGCCCUGCAUUGCAGUGGCUCUGUUUGUGACUCACACUCUACACGCAGCACUGUGGCUCUGCUGCUCUUGAUCAUUCCUCUGCCUUGAGGAAUCCUCAGUCUUCAGAGCCCUUCUCUCACUGAGGCUCGAGUUUGAUCUUAUAUAAGAGCCGUAUCUCCUCUGUGUUCAGAUCAGAGCACACCGUCACACCAUCUCCUACUACACGCUAUGGUCCAGGAAGUCUGAAGUGCUCAACAAAUCUCUCAACAGAGAGAUUAGUUGUUGUUUUUACUCUGAAUUCAAUUUGAAUGAAUUGAACCCGUAUCAUCUCCGAAUCAGGAGAAGUGAAGGCAAGCUUUAUGUAAGUGAGGAGUUAGUAAGUGGGGUAGAUCCAUGUGUUUGUGAAGACUAGGGUUGAGUAGAGAUGGGCGAGAGAGAGCACUUGAAAAUGGGACUGGAGAGUCUCCUGUGUAGAGUGAGCUAAUAGCCAUUCCUGCAGGACAGUCUUAGCCUGGUUUCAAAUCUGUUUGUGCGGUCUUGCCAACUCCUGCAUGGCAUGACAAUGACUGGCAGGAGUUGGCAAGAUGGCACAAACAGAUCUGGGGCCAUGCUAGGUCUGCUGCAGGACAGAGGAAUUAACCCUUUACACUUGUGGGAAUUGGCAUAUGGAUAGGGCUAAAUUGAAAUGUUUCUCACAGAAGACAUAUGGAAAGCAUAUGCAUAAGCAUGGUAGCAAUUGAAAGGGAACAGUUUGGAUACUAUGGGGAAAUUAUUAGACCAAAGUUGAGGACACAACAGUUCACCUGACAUACUGUAAGACUGAAUCCAAACAUUACACUGUUGAUUGGAUGUGCAUUUUACAUUUACUGUACAUUUUGCCGCAUUUGUUGAUAACGAAAUCUGAAGAUACUGGAUACGUUCGGUAACAUAAUAAUAUUCCCUGGAAAUUGUGGGGUAGGUGCAACAUAAUACAAAAAAAUGACAAGGGUUUGAGUGAGAGGACUAACUGGUUUCUCCAAGUGGCCACACACUUUUAUAAGUCAUUUCAAUCCACUUGUACGAUUCAAAGAAGAGUCUUCAAUUAUAAGGUGCUUUUUUUUUUAGCUCUCCUAGCUGUAGUCGUUUUGUUUGGAACACAACCCUGCAUCCCCGCCAUCACACAAUUACUGUUGUUUUCCCAAUCCAAAAAACGGGCCAUUUAUAAAUUGCAAUCUGGGUCAGGUGGGCAUCAUAUGAAAGCCUGUUCUAUUGCCAACAUGACUAGCUAAGUUAGAAAAGACAAUAUUACAGUGUUAAGCUUUCACAAGGCAAUUCAGAGAAACAGAUUUUGGUGCGCGUAGAAAGGAGUCGUGAGUGCAUCCAGGUGCGUGUUCCAGAGCAAAUGUUCUUUACAUUAGACAAACAGGCUCAUUCCGUUCAGAACAACCCAGGGUGUGACGCCAUGUCAUCUUGUAACUGUACAUCAAACAUAGUGAUCAUCAACGUUGACACUGUAUAUGAUGCGAGUUUUAGGAUAUGGAAAUGUGGCUUGUUUGACAUCAAAGCGGUAUUUAUUAUAAUUCUCAACAUCUCAUAUUUUAAAAUACAACGAGUCCUCGUAAAUUACAGCAUUUCCCUCACUCAGACAACAAAACAUUUUGCUAAAGUAUCCCAAUUAGCAGGAGGGAUGGGGUCAACUUCUUGUUGCAUGCGGUGCUCGAGUUCAGAACGGCUGCCAGUCACAAUCCUACAGCGCUGUGAAGCGCAGAGCCAGAGCUCGGAUGUAAUGUAUAGCAUGCUACUGUACAUCCACUGCAUUCCAAUUUAGGCGUUUAUCAGUGGCCAAAUCUGCCAUUUACAACCCCGCAUACUGGUACGAGUGUAAAGGGUUAAAGGUCAAGUGGAAGUGAGAGAUUGUUCAUUAGUAAGUGAAAAGGGAGACAAUUAGAAGUGACAUUGGACGGGAAGAGCCACACAGCUAUCAAAGACUACUGAUGAGAGAGGAAGAAUGAAACCUGACUUCCAAUAAUGACUACAUUUUGAGCCCAAGUAAUCGAAAGCGGCAUUUGUCUGAUUUGUUGCCAUUUCCUUGGACUGCUGCCACAGUUGUGAAGCAGAGAGCACGUGGAAGGUCAAAGUAACUUCAUUAUGAUACUUGGAGAGCACUGUAUCUCAAGUUAAGACUGCGAGCGUAUCAGCUCCAUGAAACUGAAGUAAUAAAUAGCAGAUCAUGUCUGCAACUCCACUGUUUCCGCACCGGCUAUUCCUAUUGGAUAGAAAACACAUACUGUUGUUGGGCCUCUGAAGUUUUAAGCUCGUCUUCAAAUCACGUUCAGAGAUAUCAGAGCAGCUUUUACUAGAACAAAGCCUGUAUGGGGAAAGGUCUCUAGCUACUAACGAUGCCACUAACAUGUACAGGACCAUCUUUGAUUCACCUUGUGCUUGUAUUUUGUUUGGAAUAUGUUAAUGUGUUUUUUUUAUUAUUACUGUUGAGAGUUUAUGGUAAAGGGAUCAGGCUUUUUCUAACACUACUACUCGCUCAUUUUGAGUGUCAUUCCUAUUUCCGUUGUGUGGUUAUAUAACUUGGUCUUCUGUGGAUUUUGUGCCAUUUAUAGCAGAGCGUUUCAGAUGCAGGUUCCUAUAACAUCCUUUCUGCUACUCUCACUUAUAAAGAACUUGAUAUUGCUUAUGUUAAGACUGGAAGUUCAGCAUUUUUCACUGCAUUCCUCUUUGUCAUAAUUUACGAUCAUAUCCAUUAUAUCAUGAGGCUAUACACAGAAUACAAUAUUUCACAGGGGCCACAUCCUCAGAGAGGCCUUCAGUCUAUGGGCCCUGUGUGCCAUAAUAACAGUUAGAAAACACAAACAAUGCAUACAUUUAACAAUGUCAUAAUUUUCAUCGAUCAUAAAAAAUAUUGUCGCACACUCUAUAUAUAUAUAUAUAAACUCCCAGUAAUUUAUUGGGGGAAAUCAUUGAUGAAAUUGAACAGGAGUCAAGGCCCUGGUGUGUGAUCAGAGUAUGGAUGCCAGCGUUCAUACAUUGAUUGAUGUGUUGACCUUAAUUGAAGCUCUUUCUAAAGCAGUGGUCUUGUCCUAAAGUUGAAUCUUGAUGUGGACUUUAUGGAAGUGUUUAAUUGUAUGCAGAUUAGUACAUGUUGCACAAUAUGAAUUUGGUGACAUGGACACAUUUAUUCUGCCAACAUCUCAUUGAAUGAUCAAGGAUUGUGAAUUUAAAUGAAUAUAUUUUAGAUGAAGCGUUGAAAGCCCACAAUGACCUGGUUUUGUGGAUAAGUAAAUGAUAAGCAAAUGCAUAUGACAAUGUUUUGUAUGGUCAGGGUGAUGUACGGUUUUCCAUCUUAUAUCUGUAUAAUUAGGAAACUUAUUUAGUCAUUGGGGGGAAAUUGAAAUACAGUGUAUUGGCUCAGUUUGAACAAAAUGUAACCUCACAAUCUUUCUUUGGAAAAAUGUUGUAAAAAUGAAAUAAAAUGUUCAAUAUAUA